AUGCGGCUAUACAAUCCUGCAAAACUGGUGCAACUUCAAACACUGACAACAAUCUUCCAAUUUGUGAUAGCAGCAGUUACUUCUUCUAUUGGAGGAAUUGCAAUACUAGUUCUCCUACUCCUCUACUUAAGAACAAAAUGCUCCUUCAUUUCCUGGAAGACAAAAGGAGAGGAUUACAGAAAUGUAAAAGCCUUCUUGAAGAACCAUGGAUCACUCGCGCCAAGAAAGUACAGCUAUUCUGAAGUUAAAAAGAUGACUGAGUAUUUCAAAAACAAACUUGGUCAAGGAGGCUAUGGUUCUGUGUAUAAGGGAAAGUUACAUAACGGAAGUCUUGUGGCAGUCAAGGUCUUGAAGGAAUCGAAGGGCGGGGGAGAAGAGUUUAUCAAUGAGGUAGCAAGUAUCAGUAGGACUUCUCAUAUUAAUAUUGUAUCACUUGUGGGAUUUUGUUUUGAAGGUCAACACAGAGCUCUCAUUUAUGAUUUCAUGCCCAAUGGAUCCCUUGAGAAGUUCAUUUAUGAUGCAAAAUGUGGGACAAAUCGUCAACUAGGAUGGCAAACAUUGUACAAUAUUUCACUUGGCAUUGCUAGAGGAUUGGAAUAUCUGCAUCGCGGUUGCAAUACUAGAAUCCUGCAUUUUGAUAUUAAGCCUCACAACAUUCUUCUUGAUGAAGACUUUUGUCCAAAAAUAUCCGAUUUUGGCCUUGCAAAACUAUGUAACAAUAAGGAAAGCAUUGUGUCUUUAUUGGGUGCAAGAGGGACUAUUGGCUACAUUGCACCAGAAAUUGUGUAUAAAAACAUUGGAGGAGUUUCUCACAAGUCAGAUGUGUACAGCUAUGGUAUGAUGGUACUCGAGAUGGUUGGAGGAAGGAAAAAUGCUGACGUUGUCGUUGAUUGUACUAGUGAAAUAUACUUUCCACACUGGAUUUACAAACAAAUUGAACAAAAGAAAGAGCUUGGAUUAACUGGCAUUGUGGAGGAAGAGGAUAAAAAACUUGCAGAAAAGAUGAUACUAGUGAGCCUGUGGUGCAUCCAAACCGAUCCGUCCAGCAGGCCUUCUAUCAAUAUGGUCAUAGAGAUGUUACAAGGUGAACUCGAAUCUUUGCAAAUGCCUCCGAAGCCUUUCUUGUAUUCUUCUUCAGUGUCAGACAGUGACAUGCCUACUACCACCUAUAUGAUUCAAGACUCGAAAGAUCAAGUUUGAUGAUCUAGACUUGUCAAAUUAUGUAUGUAUUAUUUUGAAUUAAUUAAGAUAUCA